AUGGAUCGCUUCGACACGUCCAAGGAUCCGCGCUUCAAGCGGGCGCCGCGGCAUGUGCGGCGCGUGCAGGUGGAUGGGCGCUUCGCGCGGAUGUUCAAGGAUCAGCAGUUCGUAGAGACCCCUCGGGUGGACGCGCGCGGGGAACGCCUUCGGCGGAACGCGGGGAAGCAGAAGCUGAGGGAGUUCUACGAGCUAGCGGGAGUAGAAGGUGCGGAGAAGAUUGAAGAUGAGGCAGAGGAGGUCGAUGAAGCAGAGCAUGAAGAUGCGGAUCAAAUGGAAGACUUGGAGGAGUCAGAGGAGGAGGAUGAGGAGGAGGCGCAACCACUGAGUUUGAUCCAGGAUGAGGUCCACGAUGAGGCGGUUCCAGAGGAAAUCCCACAGGGUGAUGCGACCUCCCGACUGGCUGUGAUGGGCUGUGAUUGGGAUCACGUCUCAGCGGGAGACUUGAUGGUGAUGUUCCGCACCUAUCUGGCCAAUGCCAGAUCCAAGAGCCAAGCUGGAAGUGUUGAAAAGAUUAGCGUUUAUCCUUCGGAUUACGGCUUGCAGCAGCUCGAAAGAGAGGCCAAAGAAGGGCCAACCCUUGAUGCACGUGGCCAGCGUGGACUUGAAGAAAAUGAAGAAGCGCAACAAGAAGCCUUAAGACGAUACCAAAUGAACCGGACCAAAUACUCUUGGGCCUUGGUGGAAUGUGAUUCAGUGUCCACUGCGGCGUGGCUUUACGACCAGAUGGACGGCCUUGAGGCUGAUGGCGUGUGCCCCUCCUCACUGGACCUGCGCUUCGUGCCGGCCGACGUGGCGCCGCCCCACGCGCCCAGCAGCGUGGCCACAGAGCUGCCGAGCAAGUUCGCCGGGCCGGGGAUGUUGCGCUCGGCAUCGAGGCACACGAAGGUCAAGUGCACCUGGGAUGAAGCCCCGGUCCAGCGGCGGAAGGAUUUGAUGAAGAAGAGGUUUACACCGCAAGAGAUGGCGGAAAUGGACUUGCAAGCGUACCUGGCUUCCAGCUCGGAUGAGGAGAAGGAGGGAGCAGGAGAUUUGAAAGCUUUGGUGGCGGGCAGUGACUCUGAAAGCCUUCACCCUAGUGAGGAUAGUGACAUGGAAGGACUCAAGAAAAGCAAGAACGAAGGUGAUAUGGAGGCCACCUUCAGUGUGAAAGCAAGUGCGCUGGAAGACAAGCUGGCCGAGCGAGCCAAGCAGGAGGGUCAUGGAGUCCAUACUUUGCAGCAGCAACCUCAGAGUGCUUGGGAGAAGUACCUUGAAAAGAAAAAGCAGAAAAAAGAGGGAGCGGAAGCAGCAGGCAAGGGAAGAUAG